UGGAGUCUUUUUUCCUUCCACCAUCGAUCGCCCUGAGUUAUUAAGCCGUCACUCUUAAAGUUAAGUUUACCAGAGCCAUUCCUGCACAUGUCCACUACCUAGGUAGUAUGGUACUGGUAUGGCACGUAUGCGUAACUGGAUUUAUCUUCCUUGUCGGGGUCGAUCCCCGGAGGCGUCGACGAUGGCGUAAUGUCGACCCUUUUCUGUUUCUUCUAGAAUCACAAAAGGAAAGUCAUCGAGUGACCUACAUCUCCAGUGGACAUUCGUCUCCAAGUCACAUUCUACAAGUUCUGGAUAGCACAAAGCUUCCCACACGCAUGUCAGGUAGUACAGUCCAGAGCCAGGUAUACAUGAUUGCGGUGAUCGAACAUACACCACUGUUCCAUGUCCACCAAGCCUGGGACCACUACCUUGAGCCGUUGAAACUGGCGUUCGCAUUACCGGUAUGCACAAUCCAAGGUUUCCCUUUUCAAAGUCUUCGUGUGUAAAAUCAUGUAUGUGAUUAAGUAAAAAGGGCAACAGCUCCAGUCUGCCGCUCUGCGCAGAAGAUACCAACAACACGAGUAGAAAGUGGG